AUCAAAACAAAACGAAACAAAAAUGGGCCCCACGCUCAAUAUAAUCAUUUAAUCCAAUUCUUAUUCAUCAAAUUCGAUGGCGACUCUGAGAUUAGAUAAGAUACGACAUACGAUAUCUUUCCUAGAAAAACCAAUAAUAAUGUAUUAUACCUUUGUCUGUGUGCGAAUGUACAUACAUGCCAAAUAACUAUGGCUACGGAAAGAGACGCAGGCGUCUUUAAACCUCAAAAACUUCUAACACCACCUCCACCGGAGACUCCACCGGCGACAAGUAGAAGUCCAUUCAGAGUUGUAGAUGAUUUACCCGUAAAGAAAUUUGUUGAACGUAAACAUUUACGUACAGAUCGAUUUGAAUAUGAGAGGAAAGGAGAUGAUCCUGGAUACAUAAUAAUUUUUAAUCAAGAAACAUUCUACGAUAAAGAAUUGGGUACAAGGAGAGGAACUAGAAGAGAUGUUAACGAGCUAACUACAUGCUUACAGAGGUUAGGAUUUAAUAUUGAUAAAGAAAAUAUAUUAACGGAUAAGACAACUGAAGAAGUUGAGCAAGUAUUGGAGAAAGCUUCCCAGAUAGACUUUACAAAUUAUAAUUGCCUAAUACUGUUUUUCCUAUCGCAUGGCGAAGAACUGAACUUCUUACAUACCAAAGAUGGCCAAAUAUUAGCAAAAGAUAUUUGGUUAAAAUUUAAAGAUAGUCCAGGUCUCAACGGUAAACCAAAAAUGUUUGUGUUUCAGGCUUGUAAGGGAGAAAACUUUACCACCGUUGGAAAUGAAUUACCAAAAUCAGCGGUUUUAACACCCUCUUCAACAUUCUCACCGGAUUAUCUAUAUGAUGAUCUCUUAAUAGUUCAUUCAUCUACAGAAGGUAACUGCGCAUUCAGAAAUCAAUAUACUGGCUCAUGGUUCAUUCAAGAACUAUGCAAAAAUUUCACAGCCUACGGAAGAAAAGACGAGGUCAUAAGUUUGAUCAUACGAGUCACCAAAUGUGUUUCUAAUAACUUUACUAAAGGAAAAGAUCCAACUACUAAUUUGGAGUACUCUAACGCGAAGCAAAUGCCGUUUUUUAUAUCUACAUUAAGAAAAAAGUUUUAUUUGAAUAGAACCAAGGAAAGAGAUGCAAUUUUAAGAAUAGCCGAAACUAACGAACAUAUACUUAAGACUUUAGUUGAAAUUAAAACUCAGUUGGAUCAUAUUUUAGCAAACGAUGAUGAAAAGAAACACAAAAAAUGACAUAACUUCAAUUUAGUUUUUUCAAUUGUUUAUCUUUAUAAUUACGUAGAUAUGUAUACAUUAUAUAUUAAAUUAUUUUUUAACUUAAAAUAAAAGCCUAUGCUAGUGUA